GUGAAAAGGCUUAAGUCAAAUCUGAAAUAUACCGAGUCAAAGUUGGUAAAAAAAAAAAAAGACCACCCUAAAAGAAAGAAAUACUAAAAAAGCCACUAUCAUCUAGGUAUCACGCAGAAAAGGGCAUCACGCUAAAAGGUAACACGCAGAAAGGCAUAACACAAAAAGGCGUCACGCAAAGAGCCAACACCCAAAAAGGCAUAACGCAAAGAGGCAACACGCAAAGAGAUAUCACUCAAAGACCCAACACGCAAAAAGGCAUCACGCAAAGAGGCAACACGCAAAAAGGCAUAACGCAAAAAAGGCAGUACGCAAAGAGACAUAAACCCUAA